UGUAUUUCACACUUUCCGGUUCAUAAACCCUAUCCAUAUCCAUCUCUUACACUUAACACUUCCUUUCUCCUUAUUUCACUUCUGGCGUUUUCUCUGUGCUCCCUUCAAUGGCCUCUGUUUCAGCCACUUCUCUCAAGCUUUUCAGCAGCACUAGCCAGGCUUCUUGGAGAAGUUCAAGUUUGAGGGCUCUGUCAGUGAGAUGGACAAAUACUAGCUUCCCUUCCUUGAGAACUUCCCGUUUCCGCAUAUCUUGCGCUGCAAAACCCGAGACAGUGCAGAAAGUCUGCGAGAUUGUGAGGAAACAACUUGCUCUGCCUCCCGAAUCUGAGCUCACUCCAGAAACCAAGUUCUCUGCCCUCGGUGCUGAUUCCCUUGACACUGUGGAAAUAGUGAUGGGUUUGGAGGAAGAGUUUGACAUCAGCGUGGAGGAAGAGAGCUCUGAGAACAUCACAACAGUGCAGGAAGCUGCUGAUUUAAUUGAGAAACUUGUCCAGAAGAAAGCUGCUGCUUAGUCAUUCAAACCCACCCUAUGCAUGGCCUAAACCUCGACUCAAAGUGUAGUAAUGAAGUGAUCGAGUGAGCGUAAAGUGUGAUCGUGUUGAUUGAAUUCGCCUAUUCUUUCCCCUUUUUGUUCCCCUUCACUAGGAGGCACUUUAGCAUAAUUGUUACUAGUGCAGCUAUUAUUUUUAUGACCCAUCAAUUGGUUUAACUCGCCUUUUGCUUCAAGAUAUGAGUACAAGCUUUCCUCGAA